AAUAUACCCAAAGUAGAACACCACCAAACAUUACAGCAUUCUCCAUCAUCAUUUAUUUAUAUUCAAUCUAGAUCUACAAUCAUUUUUUUCCUAAUUUUAUAAUACAUACUUCCUCCACCAUUAAUUCAACUCCCUCACCUCAUCAACACAUUGGUUUUGUCGAUUUCAUCAAAACCCUAAACAAGUGUGAUUUUCUUGCUUUAACAUUUAUUCUUUUAUCUAACCAUGAGACAAAGGAAGAAAUCAAAUUCAGAUGUUACACAACAAGACCAACAUCAGAAUGGUCACUUGUCUAAGUUCAGACAACUUUUCGAUCCCGAAGCUUCUUGGGAUAAGGAUCAACUGGGUGAUGUAUUGCAUUGGAUGAGACAAUUGAUGGCUCUUGUUUGUGGAUUAAUAUGGGGUGCCAUUCCUUUGGUUGGUGGAGUCUGGUUUAUGCUGUUUCUUGCACUUUCAACCGGUAUUAUCUACUGUUACUAUGCGGUGGUGCUAAAAGUUGACGAAGAAGAAUUUGGUGGGCAUGGAGCUCUCCUUCAAGAAGGGCUUUUUGCUUCUAUGACACUCUUUCUGCUUUUUUGGACCCUAGUCUACAGUUUGGCUCACUUCUGAUUCCGGCUUCUCAACUCGACUGAGCUUCCUGUCUCUUUUCAAAUCAGAACUCAUAUUUUGGUAGAUGUACCAGGUGUUAUUUUUGUUAUUGGGAUGGAGUUCCCAAAAGACAACGCUGGCUGAUGAAAUGGCCAAUUUUCGACUGUGCAUUAUUAUCUUCAGUGUAAUCUGAGACAUGGUAGCUUUCCCUUUCAAACAUAGUUUAAGAUGUAUUUGUUCAGCAUUCUUUGCUCUAAGUGCAGAUCAUGCUUUGACCCAAUAACUAUGCUUGUUUCUUAGUUUUUCUUAGGUGGUAGAAUUAAUUACAUCUUUAUCCUUUUA